AGGUUUGGAAAAUGGAUUUAAUAUUCCUUGUUGGAAUCGCAAUCGCACUGCUGAUUGUCUUGUUAACGCUUGUGUUUCUGAACAAAAACAAAGCGAAGAAAAGCGAGGAUGCAUCACCUGCUGCAGCACAAAACGAAGAAAAUGUUCCACGUCGCGCACAGGUUGUUCGAAAUCAGCGUAAUCGUGCUAGGGUCGCACAAGUAGCUGAACCGGUUGAUAACUCAGAAGAGGAAGAUACGAUUCCUCAAGCACAGCAUGACUAUGGCAGCGAAAAAAUUGGUGCAAAAAAACGAGCGAAGCUAGAAGCAAAGGCUGAAAAGAAAGCUCACCGUGAGCAGGAGCAUCGAUACCGCGAGGAGCAAAAGAAAAAGGAAGUUCUUCUAGAGGAGGAACGACGGAAGCAAGCAGAAAAAGAAGAAAAAGAGGAAAAGGAUCGCGAGGAGGCGGAAAGAUUGGCCCGUGAAGAGAAAGAGCGAAAAGAUCACGAAGAAUACCUCAAGCUAAAGCAAGCAUUUAACGUCGAAGAGGAAGGUUUUGAAGAAGAGAACGCCGAUCAGCAGGAAAAUAGCCUACAAGAAUUUAUCACUUUUAUUAAGGAUAACAAAGUUGUGGUACUGGAAGAUUUGGCCGUUCAUUUCAAACUAAAAGUACAAGCCGUUAUCGAUAGAAUUGGGGAAUUGCAAAAAGAAGAACGAAUCACUGGCGUUAUUGAUGAUCGAGGCAAAUUCAUCUACAUAUCGGAAGAAGAGCUCAAAUCCGUGGCCAAAUUCAUCAAACAAAGGGGCCGUAUUUCUAUUACGGAGUUAGCUGAGAGCAGCAACCAGCUCAUCAAUUUGACUCCGCUGUUAGCUUCUGAAAGCGCUUGUUAGAUAUAUGAAGUGAU